UUUAUUUUAUUUAUGCUAUCUAUUUCUUCCCCCCUCCUUUUUGUUUUGCUUUGUUUUGUUUUGUUUUGCUUUUUUGAGAUGAAGUCUUGCUCUGUUGCCCAGGCUAGAGUAUAGUGGUGUGAUCUCAGCUCACUGCAACCUCUACCUCCUGGGUUCAAGUGAUUCUCCUGCCUCAACUUCCUGUGAAGCUGGGACUAUAGGAGCAUGCCAUCACGCCCAGCUAAUUUUUAUAAUUUUAGUAGAGAUGGGAUUUCAUCAUAUUGGCCAGACUGGUUUUGCAUUCCUGACCUCAAGUGAUCCGCCUGCCUCAGUCUCCCAAAGUUUUGGGAUUACAGGGGUGAGCCACCGUGCCUGGCUAUUUAUGCCAUCUAUUUCACUGAAGAUUUCUCCCAUCAUUUCUUGUAUCAUUUUUUAAAAUUUCCUUACAUUGGACUUCACCUUUCUCUGAUGCCUCCUUGAUUAGCUGACCUUCUGAAUUCUUUUUCAGGAAAAUCAGGAAUUUCUUCUUGGUUUGGAGCCAUUGCUGGGCAUCCUUUGCCAUUCAACCUCUGAUUUGCACAAGGUGACUAAAGGACCAGCAACAAACAAAAGCAAAGGUCUUCCAGAGUGCACUAAAGCAGAAGAUAACAUAAGAUUUUUAUCUUACCAUGAAAGUGUUAUCUGAAGGACAGCUAAGGCUUUGUGUUGUUCAACCAGUACAUCUCACUUCAUGGCUCCUUAUAUUUUUUAUUCUAAAGUCUAUCUCUUGUCUAAAACCUGCUCGACUUCCAAUUUAUCAAAGAAAACCUUUUAUAGCUGCUUGGAAUGCUCCAACAGAUCAGUGUUUGAUAAAAUAUAAUUUAAGACUAAAUUUGAAAAUGUUUCCAGUGAUUGGAAGCCCACUGGCCAAGGCCAGGGGGCAAAAUGUCACUAUAUUUUAUGUCAACAGAUUGGGAUACUAUCCGUGGUAUACAUCACAAGGGGUCCCCAUUAAUGGAGGUCUCCCACAGAACAUAAGUUUACAAGUACAUCUGGAAAAAGCUGACCAAGAUAUUAAUUAUUACAUCCCUGCUGAAGAUUUCAGUGGACUUGCUGUUAUAGAUUGGGAAUAUUGGCGACCACAGUGGGCCCGGAACUGGAACGCAAAAGAUGUCUACAGAAAGAAGUCAAGAAAGCUUAUUUCUGAUAUGGGAAAGAAUGUAUCAGCUACGGAUAUUGAAUACUUAGCUAAAGUGACCUUUGAAGAAAGCGCAAAAGCUUUCAUGAAGGAAACCCUCAAAUUGGGAAUUAAGAGUCGACCCAAAGGUCUUUGGGGUUAUUAUUUAUAUCCUGAUUGUCACAAUUACAAUGUUUAUGCCCCAAACUAUACUGGGUCAUGCCCGGAAGAGGAAGUCUUGAGGAACAAUGAGCUCUCUUGGCUCUGGAACAGCAGUGCUGCUUUAUAUCCUUCUAUCGGUGUCUGGAAAUCCCUUGGAGACAGUGAAAACAUUUUGCGCUUCUCCCAAUUUCGGGUGCAUGAAUCCAUGAGGAUCUCUACCAUGACAUCUCACGAUUAUGCUCUGCCUGUAUUUGUCUACACAAGGCUAGGGUACAGAGAUGAACCUUUAUUUUUUCUUUCUAAGCAAGAUCUAGUCAGCACCAUAGGAGAAAGUGCUGCCUUGGGAGCUGCAGGCAUUGUUAUUUGGGGAGACAUGAAUUUAACUUCAUCCAAGGCCAACUGUACAAAGGUGAAGCAGUUUGUGAGUUCUGAUUUAGGGAGCUACAUAGCCAAUGUGACCAGAGCUGCUGAGGUAUGCAGCUUUCACCUCUGCAGGAACAAUGGGAGGUGCAUAAGGAAGAUGUGGAACUCACCCACUUACCUUCACUUGAACCCCGCAAGUUACCACAUAGAGGCCUCUGAGGAUGGGGAAUUUACUGUGAAAGGAAGAGCAUCUGAUACAGACCUGGCAGUGAUGGCAGAUACAUUUUCCUGUCAUUGUUAUCAGGGAUAUGAAGGAGCUGAUUGCAGAGAAGUAAAGAUGGCUGAUGGCUGUUCUGGGGUUUCCCCUUCUCCUGGUUCACUAAUGACACUUUGUCUACUGCUUUUAGCAAGUUAUCGAAGCAUUCAUUUGUGAGACAAUUGAGUUUAAAGGAAAUUUUGUGGUCUCUAGCGUAGUCAUUUAAAGAAGGAUGUAACUUACGACAAUUUUUUUCUCUUAUGAAUUCUAUUGAGAGGUGUUGUAAGUAGACAUUAUGUAUGUCACUUAACAUAAACAGAAACGUAUUAUUUUAUUUGCCUCCAAUCUGGCUAGGAAAUCAGAUCUGGAGUAAAGUCAAUGUACACUUCCUCUUUAUUGGAAUAUUUAAGUUGCAUUUAAACUAAAACUAGUAUAAUUUAGUCUUUACAUGAAUGUACAUACAUAAAAUUAUAUACAAAAUAUUAAAUUAUUCAUUUCAAAGAC